AUGGCCGAGAAGCUUCUGUGCCCGAUGCUGUCGUGGUCAGACAUCCCACUGGAGCUGGCCGGCCUGGUGCUCCGCCUCCUGCCCGCAUACGCCGACCGUGCUCGCUUCGCUGCGGUCUGCCCCCAGUGGCGCGCUGCUGCACAGCUGAUCACGGUGCCGCCGCCGGUGCCACUGCUCGCUCUUCCUGAUGGAACUUUCUACAGCCUCCCCUGCACCGAGCCCUUCCGCUUUGCCGGCUGCGGCUUCGCGGGGUUCAAGAGCGCCUGUGGUAGCUGGCUCGUCUUCCCGCGUGAUGACGGAUGCUUCCUGGUCAACCCCUUCUCCAGGGCCACUGUAACGCUCCCUGCUCUGUCCAGCGUCCGGCUCUACCCCGCCGAUGCUGAUGUGAGCCACAUACCUGUGGACCCCCUUAGGUUCACAUGGCUGCAUAUCAAGGACAAGAAUCCCCAGUUGAGUAAGCUAAUGAUGUGCUCGCCUAACCUGGUCGCUGCAUUCGUCAACCAUCAAGGCCUUGGUCAGAUUCUAGUGUGUCAGCCAAGGGCUUCCUCGUGGUCAGUUCGAGCCUAUGAUACGUGUAAAGGAUUUGAAGAUAUGGCGUUCUACCAGGGAAGGCUCUUCAUCCUUUCUCACCAUGAGCAUCUCUCUGUUGUAGACAUCAGCCAGGACGAAACCACUGGUGAUCCAUAUGUUUCUCGGAUUGUACGGAUCAUCAAGGGCAAUCCCUUUCCUUUGUUUCCGUCUGAAGACAACGCUAGGGUCGAUAAGAAGCUCUACCUGGUUGAAUCGCGUGGUGCAUUGCUAAUGGUUCGCAGGAAGGUUUGCUCCAGAAGGAUACUUGAUAAAUUUGUGAUUGCACGGAACAAGUUUGAGAUUUUUCAGGCUGACCUCAAGCAGCCAGGGUGGGUCAAUAAGACGACCUUAGGGGAUGACCAGGUUCUUUUUCUAGGCCGAAGGUGCUCCCAAAUUGUUCCUGUCUCUCAGUAUGGGUUGCUGGGAGACCGCAUCUGCUUUUUGGAUGAUGAUGAGGAGUAUUUCAAUGGCCGCUGUUACGAGGAUGAGAAUGCUUCCUACAACACAGAUGACGACGUCGACGAGGAUAACUUUGAGUCCUACGUGCAGAGGCAGGUCAAGGGAUUCGAGUCUCGGAUUCUGAAGACAGUGCGUAGGGGAAGGCAUGCUUGCCCCUUCUGUCCCUGCAAGGUGAAGGACGGCUUGCUGGCUUCCCUUGAGAUGCAUGCUAUGGACACUCGCCGCAGCGCCCACGAGUGGCAGGGCAAGGCUGACCACGAGGCACUUGCAAGGUUCCUGCUGGGUCCUCGCCUUCCCCGUUUCGGCAGGAUCCUCAAGAGGCGUCGCAACAUGUGA